UAAAAAAAAUUUGUAGUGUGUGUUAUAAAUAGUUUCUGUCAAGUUAUUGUCAAUAUCAUAUAUUGUAAAUUUAUUUUCACAAAUUUAUAGUCCAUCUUUUUACAAUUUAAUUGUUUUAACCUUUAAUCAGAAGGCUUCUAGUGAUUUAAUUUGUUAUUUUUUAUAAAUAUGAAUAAAUCACGUGAUUAAAUCCUCAUCUUCUCGUCAUAGGAGAAAUGAAAUACCAACUCCCUAUUGAAACGGUGAUAACCCAUCAUAAUGUGUCAAAUUACAAAACUAGCCCUACACUUGAAGGAGCACAAUCUUCAUCAUCAAGGGCAAUUUUGUAAUCAUAUCUUCACUUACUCCAGUUACCGUUAUUACCGUUACUUUUUCCCUGCCGAAAAAGGAACCUUAACUUUCAAAGAUUCCCAUUCCCGUGAACUCACAACAAACUCACAACUUUCCCCUUCUCUUUUAAUAAAUAUAUCACUUCAAUGAGAAGAACUAACCCCCUCAAUAUUUCUAUAUAAAUCUCAAUCUCCAAACCUCAAACUAAUACAUCUCCCCAAAAACCACCAUGGAUUGGUUCUCAUGGCUUUCAAAGUCAAGCCUUGAUGCUUCUCUAGUCUAUGAGUAUGGCCUUCUCCUCUCCCACAAUGAGUUAGAAGAGGAAGACAUCACCCACUUUGAUCAUGAGUUCCUUCAAAGCAUGGGAAUUACCAUUGCCAAGCAUCGCCUAGAGAUCAUCAAGCUCUCAAAGAAACACAAGAAGGUAUUUUAUUAUUCUCCUUUUCCAGUGAACCGUCUUCUUUCGGCGGUUGACAAGACCAAGAAUUGCAUUACAAAGUAUGUACUCCGGUUGUUUGUUCACCGGAAUUCUUCGGCGAUUGUGGUUGUACCGAGAUCUUCGCUUGGAGAUCGGUGGAAGGGUGCCGCCUUGAAGAGGAGCAAGAAGAUAAUGGUUGUCAAGCAAGGGAGCUUCUUGCUCACUGAUGGCCGUUCUCCGGUGAUGCCGUCUUUCUUUUAUGGUGAUAAAACUAAUAUUGUUGAUAACAAUGGAGGUGUUGCUGUUGUUGGUGAACAAGAAGAUGGUGAUGAUGAUGAUGAUGGAUAUUGGGGUAGUGGUGAUGUUGAGAAGGUGAGGUGGGACACAAUGUUUCAAGACUUGAAGCCAACUUAAUUAGAAGAUGUUAUCAAUCUCUUGAUUUGUUUCUUGAUUAUGAGUUAUUAUGGAUUAUGGAGUUUGGUUAUUUUGUGUUUGGUUUUGUUUUACUUUUGGUGUGGUGUAUAAAGUAAUUAGAUUUGUUUGUGUGGUUUUGAAGGGAAAAUAAUGCUGCAUGAUGUAUGUGUUAGACGGUUGAUAAAACUAUGAAGAAAGAGAGAUCCACAUGUAUUUAUCUU